AUGGCUGCAGCGGAAGAAGGGGCCGGCUGUUUUCUCCCGAGAGGCAGGUCCCAGAGUGACCCCAGCAUCCUCACGGACUGCGCUGCCUGCGCUGCCCCUGAAGCCGGAGAGAACCCAGAUGAGAUGGAGCAGUCCCCUGCAAUGCAUUCUGAAUAUCUGGUCUCAGGGAUUAGAACUCCGCCUGUGAGAAGGAACAGCAAGCUGGCAACAUUGGGCAGGAUCUUCAAACCAUGGAAGUGGAGGAAAAAGAAAAACGAGAAACUAAAGCAAACAUCAGCAGUGUUAGAGAAGAAGAUUACUGCAAGGCCAGGUCGGGAUGAACUCAUUAAGAAAGGUCUUCUGGAGAUGAUGGAACAAGAUGCUGGAGGCAAAGCAUGCGCUGCUGAUGGUGCCACCAGAUCAAUGCAGAGUGACCCUUCAUCCCCCGUAUGCCAGGCACUUACCUCAGAAGAGAUGCAGCAGGAAAGUACAGCAGCAACAACAAAUGCAACCUCACUUAGCGAGGAGCUGCACUCAGAGGAGCUGAAAGACAAUGCAGCCAAGAAACCUUCAUUGUCCACUGAAGAACUAGAAGAUGCCUGCCUGCCAGUAACCGAAGAGACUCCACAAGCCUUACUUAUUUCUGAAUCCACAGAUUCCCCACAGAAACCAAUGGAAAGAAACCUAGCACAGCUCCCCAGCCCCCCUUCACUUCCAAUUCCACCACCUAAGGCAAUCUCCAAAAUCAAGAGUGUAACAGCAGCAGGAAGUGAAGUAGAUGAGCCAGCAGUGAAAUCCCCUCCUUCCACUAUCCUGAAGAAUUAUGUCAUUGUUGGUUCCUCCCAAAUCUCAGGACAAGCUGCCCUCUUCCAUCCAUCAGGCCAGAAAGGCUCCGAUCCCCAUGUCAGAGGACAGCUACCAACGCCGACCGGUUCCCCUCAUCCUGCUGCUGUCCACCUGCCUUUACCUCCCAGCAGAGUCAUUGAGGAGCUCCACAGGGCUCUGGCCACCAAACAUCGGCAGGAUAGCUUUCACGGCAGAGAAAGCAAAGGGUCUCCCAAAAAAAGAGUGGAUGUCCGUCCAUCCAGAACAUCUAGCAUCGAGGGCAGCAAAGAAAAGGAGAACGCACUGAGCCACAGUAAUGAUCCGGAGAACAAGCGAAACUCAGUCAAAGAGUCAGAUGAGAACAAAGAAAACCUGAUCAUGAACUCAGAACUCAAGGACAACUUGGUUUUUUAUCAGGAUGAAGAGGUGUUGAAUGACUCCAUCAUUUCUGGUACCUUGCCAAGAAAAUGCAAGAAAGAGCUGCUGGCAGUAAAGCUACGGAACAGGCCAAGUAAGCAGGAACUGGAAGACAGGAACAUUUUCCCAAGGAGGACGGAUGAGGAACGCCAGGAAAUCCGGCAGCAAAUCGAAAUGAAACUUUCAAAGCGCCUGAGCCAAAGACCUGCUGUCGAGGAGCUCGAAAGAAGGAAUAUACUUAAACAAAGAAAUGAUCAAACAGAGCAGGAAGAAAGAAGGGAAAUCAAGCAGAGGCUGACGAGAAAGCUCAAUCAGAGACCUACAGUCGAUGAACUAAGAGACAGAAAAAUUUUAAUUCGAUUCAGCGAUUAUGUAGAGGUGGCAAAAGCACAGGACUACGACAGACGAGCAGACAAACCCUGGACAAGACUAUCAGCAGCUGAUAAGGCAGCAAUUCGUAAAGAGCUAAAUGAAUACAAAAGUAAUGAAAUGGAGGUACAUGCAUCAAGCAAGCAUUUGACAAGGUCGGUCAUCCAGAUAUUUGUUCAUUUUCCUUUACCUGCAGUAUCAAUUCUUUUGAGUCCUGAAUCUGCAGAAUAUAUUGUUCCUGCAUGUCUCUAA